CGAGAUCCCCAUACUUCAUUUCAUGGCUUCUAAACGCGUCUUUGGGACCGUUUAGCCGCCUUGUUCGCCUUACUGAUCACGUUAGCAACUACACUCGUUUGGCCUCUGACAUCUCGAUCGAUCAUGGAUUCACCACCCACCUCCCCCUCCGCCGGCCAGAAGCGUAAAAUUACCGAUAUGAGUUCUGACGAAGAUGACUUUCGCCCCACGAUGGGAUUUCGCGGGUUUGCGAGGGCAUCUUCUCGUUCGGAGUCACCUCCGUCUUUUGGAGGCUUGGGGAGUGCUCGUCGGAAUCCCUGGAACAACAACACACAGGCAGCAACGGCCCGGGGAGGCGCCCGCAAUUCAGGCAAAGGGACGCCGGGAGGAAACUCCUUCGCCGCGCGCAUGAUGGCUAAGAUGGGCUAUGUUGAAGGGCAAGGUCUCGGUUCAAGUGGUCAGGGUAUCGUUAACCCGAUCGAGGCUCAGGCCCGGCCGCAGGGUGCUGGGUUGGGAGUUGUUCGAGAAAAGACAAAGCAAGCUCGAGAGGAGGAAAAACGGGCGGCGGCAUUACGGGGUGAAGUGGUGGAGGAUAGCUCGGAUGAAGAACGAAAGAGACGACAGAAAAAGAAGGAAGCGCGCAAACAAGGAAGUCGAAGUGGUACAGGCACUCCGAUGCCACGAGCGAAGCCCCAAUUCCGUACAGCCCGGGAAAUGGAGGAGGACAUGGCUGGCCUUGAGGUACCAAACGUCUUGAAAUCAUUAGUCGAUGCCACCGGGAAGGAACAAAGGGUGUUGACCUCCACGGCCGGCUUAAUGGCCCCGUCGGAAUUCGUGAAACCGGGUGAAGGUGAAGCUCUGAAGAUUGCACAACGGGCGCGCCAUGAUCUAGAGGCUUUUGCAGAUGAGUGGAAAGGGUUAACGGAAAGGAAGAAGUUUAUCGAAUUGGAGGAGGCUCAGAUUGUGGAACAAAUGGAUACACAACAACUCCGAAUGGACCAGCUGACGGAGCUUGUCGCUACUCUCGGCAGUCUGGAAAUUUUCCAAGACGACAGUACUCGGGGGCGCUUUGACGAAGUUACCGGCAAACUAGAAUCUUUGGAAAUCAAAUAUCGCAAUGAAAUAGAUGAAUAUCGCCUCCCCGAGACAGCUGUUGCAGCCAUCCAUCCUCUGUUCCGCCAAGCGAUGGAGGAAUGGGAGCCUCUGAGAGAUCCAACAUUCCUUGUGUCGAAUCUUCGUCGCCUUCAGCCUCUUUUUGCGCGAAAGAAAGAUGAUCAAACUGUCCAGCGACAAUCAACGUCGGCUUAUGAGAGCAUGAUAUACACUUUGUGGCUACCUCGUGUGCGCUCAGCACUUCUCAACGAUUGGGACGUUUAUGAUCCAAAAUCAGCCACAUCGCUAGUUGUUGCGUGGAAGGAGAUUAUACCACCCUUUGUUCUAGCUAAUGUCCUUGAUCAGCUUGUGGUACCGAAGCUCACCGAUGGUCUGAAACAAUGGAAGCCCAGAAGCAGCAGCAGACGCCACAUCUCCCCGCAUAACAGUUCUCGUUUCCCAUGGUGGUUAUUUACAUGGCUACAGUAUCUUGAUGAACGGCACACGAACCCAAGGCAGCCUACAGGUCUUCUUUCUGAUGCUAAGAGGAAAUUUCGCGUUGUCUUGGAUACAUGGGACCUUAGGAAAGGGCUGGUCGAUGGCAUCCAGCUCUGGCGAGAUGCAUUGGGUUCGGAGUUUGAUGUAUGCCUACGAAAUCACCUUUUACCCCGACUUGGCCGUCAUCUCCGUGAAGAUUUCGAAGUGAAUCCCCAAGACCAAGAUCUAACAGCCCUGGAAGACGUCUUUAAAUGGAAGGACUUGUUUAAGCCUAACGUCACCGGCCUACUCCUCGUCGGAGAAUUCUUCCCCAAGUGGCACAAUAUUCUCUAUAUCUGGCUCACAAAUGACCCGAACUACGAAGAGGUUGGCGAGUGGUUCUCCUGGUGGCGAACCCAGAUUCCCGAAGAAAUCAACGAGCUGACCAUCGUUGACGACGAGUGGAAGAAGGGUCUGCAGACCAUGGAUCUAGCAUCUCGCUUGGGUGAUCGCGCCGCUACAGAGCUCCCACCCCCAUCAUCCACCACUGCGGAGCAGACUCCCGAGGAGAAACCCCAUGCACCAGCGGAAGCACUAUCCACAAAAGCCCCUCGCAAGCCCAAGGUCGUGGAAGAGGUCGCCUUCAAAGACAUCCUCGAAACGUGGUGCGUGGAACAGGGACUCAUCAUGCUCCCCCUUCGAGAAGCGCACCCGCAGAACGGCCAGCCUCUGUUCAGAAUCACGGCCAGCGCUACCGGGAAGGGUGGUGUCGUCGCAUUCGUCCAGGGAGAUGUUGUCUGGGUACAGAACAAGAAAGCAAAGGAUACUUGGGAGCCGAUGGGUCUGGAAGAUCAGCUUGUGGAGCGUGCAGAGAGCAGAUGAUAUCCCGAAUUUUCGUUAUAUUAGCAUUAUCUACAGUUUUGGGUUGGUUUUCACGAUACCUUGUUGUUAGAUAUCCAGUUUGACGUGAUGACAUUGAUAUACCAUACACUUUUAGAAGUGGAUUAACACCCGUCAUACAAUCG